AUGGGUAGGUUCAUUGUGAUGUUCGUCAGCUUGCUGGCAACGACAAAAUCAGAGAAUCAAACAUGCAAACUGAUUGGGCAGACAGGCUUCUUGGAGUUCUCCAAGGAUGGAGAGCUUCUGAUAGGAGGGAUUUUUUCCCUGGCAAGCACCCGGAAACUAAAUGAUAAUGACUACAAAGCGAUCCCGGACUCAUACUGCAUAAAGUUAAAUGACAGAGAGCUCAAAUUUGCCCGCACUUUUAUCUUCACGGUGGAGGAGAUCAACAGGAAUGCACAGCUCCUUCCAGGAGUCAGUUUGGGCUAUCGGAUCUACAACGGCUGCGGUAGUGAGAACCUGAUACGAGCGGCGAUAGAAGCUGUAAGUCGGAAUGAGUCUACUUGCAGUAGUCGAAUUCAGGCUCUCAUUGGGCACUCUUCCUCAGGAGUGAGUCAGGACAUUAACAUUCUUCUGAGCCCGUUGUCCAUUCCACAGGUCAGUCAUCUUUCAACAUGUGCGUGUUUGUCAGAUAAGAAACUGUAUCCCACCUUCUUCAGAACGGUGCCAAGUGACCGUUUUCAGAUACUGGGACUGGUGCAGCUCAUGAAGUACUUUGACUGGCGCUGGGUGGGGAUAAUUUAUUCUCCUUCCUUGUAUGCCAGUGAGGGUACAGCUGCAUUCAUUGUGGAAGCAAUGAAGGAGAGCAUAUGUGUUGAAUAUCGGCUAUCCUACCAUAAGACCUCUCAAAAAAAGCAGGAAGCCAUUGUGAAGAUGCUCAGGGAAUCGUCAUCCAAGGUAGUGCUGCUCUUCAUGUCCUUAUCUUACACCAAGUCUUUCCUAUCUAAAAUGGCCAGUUACAACAUAAGUGGGAAGCAUUGGGUCGGCAGCGAGGCAUGGAUCACACAACAGGAUCUUGCUUCUGUGGAGAGGAACAACAUACUUCAAGGGGCUAUGGGAUUUGCGCUUCCAGAAGCGUCUAUUCCAGGACUAGGUGAAUUCCUACUCGACUUGAAACCAUCUGAUGAGCCUCAGACUGGUACAAUUAAGGCUUUUUGGGAGAAGUUCUUUAACUGCAACUUCUCUCCUUCCAACAAUUCAAUCCUGUGUACUGGUGUGGAAGACCUGAAGACCAUCUCCAAUGACUACACGGAUGUGACCAAGUUCAGGGCUGUGAAUAACGUGUACAAAGCUGUGUACCUAAUUGCGUAUGCACUUCAUGCAUUGUUACAGUGUGAAGAUGAGCUAAAUCCCACUACACGAAAGCCCUGUGUAAACAAGACAGAGGUCCAGCCAAAGAUGGUGUUGGAGCACAUUAAGCAUGUGAAUUUUACAAUGCAGAACGGAGCCAAGGUAUUUUUCGAUGACAACGGCGAUACUGUGGCCCAGUACAACUUAGUCAACUGGCACAUGAGAGACGACGGCUCGGUAGAGAUCGUAAACAUAGGCCACUAUGAUACCUCUUUUCCAGAUGGCACUAAGCUCAAGCUAAAGGACAAUGCAAGAAUUGUUUGGGGGGGAAACAACACAAAGGUGCCACGAUCUGUGUGCAAGGAACCGUGUCCUCCAGGGUCCCGAAAGGCCAUGAACAAGAACAAACCCGUGUGUUGCUUUGACUGCAUUGAGUGCCCCGAGGGAACAAUAAGCAAUCAGACAGAUUCUCCUGACUGUUUGGAAUGUCCACCAGAAUUAUGGCCUAAUGCCAUGAAAGACCGCUGCAUUCCAAAACCCACUGAGUACCUUUCUCAUAAAGAGAUCAUGGGUGCUCUUUUAACCGCAGUAAGCUGUGUUGGCGCAUUUUUAGCUUCUCUUAUUUUAAUCAUAUUUCUGACUCACAAGGAAACUCCUAUCGUCAAAGCCAACAACUCGGAGCUGAGCUUCCUGCUGCUCAUCUCCUUAAAACUCUGCUUCCUAUGCGCUUUAACCUUCAUUGGCCAGCCCACUGAGUGGUCCUGCAUGCUGCGCCACACUGCCUUCAGCAUCACCUUUGUGAUUUGUAUCUCCUGUGUACUGGGGAAAACUGUAGUGGUAGUCAUGGCUUUCCGAGCCACGAUUCCUGGGAACAAAUUUAAAAUGUUUGGGCAUAGCCAGCAGAGACUCUGUGUGCUGGGUCUUACUCUAGUUCAGGUUCUGUUCUGUAUUAUAUGGCUCUGUACAAGUCCUCCAUUUCCUGCAAUGAAUCUGAAUUACUACAAAGAGAAGAUCAUCCUAGAAUGUGCACUGGGUUCAGCUAUUGGGUUCUGGGGUGUGUUGGGCUACAUUGGACUUCUAGCCUUCUUGUGUUUUAUUAUUGCUUUUCUGGCCAGGAAGCUGCCAGACAGUUUUAACGAAGCCAAGCUAAUCACCUUUAGCAUGCUGAUAUUCUGUGCGGUGUGGAUCGCCUUCAUUCCAGCCUAUGUCAGUUCACCAGGCAAGUUCACUGUUGCCGUGGAGAUAUUUGCCAUUCUGGCCUCUAGUUUUGGGUUGUUGGUUUGCAUAUUUUUUCCCAAAUGCUAUAUUAUAAUAUUCACGCCGGAAAAAAACUCCAAAAAACGUCUCAUGGGAAAAAUACCAUCAAGAAACCUUUAG